ACGACUGAGGACCAGCACCUGCACCUGCGCCAAGGUACGUUCGUGCGCGGCGGUUUUUGGGCGUUUCUUCCCCAAUCUCCUCCCGUUUCUUCUAUCCAGUUUGCUGGCGACUACACUUGUGAAUUGGCUGGUUGCCAAUGGCCUCGCCGCCACGAGCGAGCGGCACAUGGUUGUCGUCGCUGCCCGCGUUUUUCGUUGAAGUCACCCCAUUGGUGUUAUUUUAUCCACUCCCCCCUUGUACUUGUCUGGGAUGAUGCUCACAUGACAUGCGCUGCUGAAUUCGUCAUCUACUAGUUUUGACUUCCUUUUUUUCAACUGAAAUCGAUUCCAAGAGAUUUCCGAUUUGCGUAUCCCCCCAUUCAUGAGAUUGCUAUACUGUUUCGGCCACUGUUUCAUUCAUUCAUUUCGUAUCGCUGGCGACCGCCCUGCCAUGCGCGUUGCUUCCUUUCCGUUUCUGCUCCGCUCCCGACCUGUCGAUCGGUAUUAAGUAGUCGUGACACCGCCGCAGGAUUCCAAUCCGGCACCCUCGUCCUGUGCAGAUGACGACGCCCUCCGCUGGUAACGGCAAGGAGAUGACCAAGCUGGAAUCCGGCGACGCGUCGUCGUCUUCGUCGUCGUCGACGGCGACCAUGAGGAAUCUCCGCCGCUUCACUUGGACGGGCCCUGCCAUUGUUCUAGGCUUCGAGCUGCUGGAGAGCAUCGCCUUCUCCGGGGUGGCGCUGAAUCUGGUGGUCUACCUGGGCACCGUGCUCCACGGCACCACCGCCUUCAACGCCGCCCACGUCGACACCUGGAACGGCACCACCUUCAUCGUCCCCGUCAUCGGCGCCUUCCUCGCCGACAGCUGCUGGGGGAAGUACAACACCAUCGUCGCCUCCCUCCUCUUCUACCUCGCCGGCCUGGUGCUGCUCGCCCUGUCCGCGGGGAUCUCGCCGCUGCGGCCGGCGACGUGCGAGGGGAUCUCGUGCCCGCAGGCCACCGGGAAGCAGUUCUCCGUCUUCUUCGCGGCGCUGUACCUGACCUCCAUCGGCACGGGGGGCGUCAAGUCGGCGCUGCUCCCGUUCGGGGCGGAGCAGUACGACGUGGACGGCAGCGCCGACGAGGCGCGGAGGAAGCAGUCCUUCUUCACCUGGUUCUUCGGCGCCAUCAACCUCGGCAUCUUCGUCGCCGGGACGCUCGUGUCCUGGCUGCAGCAGAACGUGUCCUGGGCGCUCGGCUUCGGGGUCUCCGCCCUCUGCCUGCUCCUGGCGGCGAUUGGCUUCCUGGCCGGCACGCCCUGGUACAGGAUGCAGCGCCCCACCGGCAGCCCGCUCAAGGACAUCCUCAGGGUGAUGGUGGCGUCCGUCAGGAAGAGGAAGGCCAAGCUACCGGCAGCUGCGGGUCACGGCGGCGCUGUCCUGCACGAGGUGGCGGAGGACGGCGACCUGCAGAAGCUGGCGCACACCAAAGGGCUGGGGUGUCUGGACAAGGCGGCCGUCAAGGGCGGCGACGGCAAGGAAGGCCCCUGGGAUCUGUGCACGGUGAGCGAGGUGGAGGGCGUCAAGAUCCUGGCGCGCAUGGCGCCCAUCUGGCUCACGUGCGUGCUCUACGCGGCCUCCCUGGGGCAGAUGACCACCACAUUCAUCCAGCAGGGGAUGGCCAUGGACAACAAGGUGUUCGGCAGGCUCAAGGUGCCGGUGGCAUCGAUGGUGUCGGUGGAGGUCGCGUUCAUGCUCCUGUGGGUCCUGCUGCACGACACCGUCAUCAUGCCGCUCGCCAGGAGAUGGGGGCCUGCCGGGAGCGCCGGCCUGACACAGCUGCAGCGGAUGGGCGUGGGGCGGUUCCUUGUCGUCGUGGCGAUGGGCACGGCGGCGCUGGUGGAGAGGCGGCGGCUGCACAACUUCGCCGCUGGCAGGAUGAUGGGCAUCGCGUGGCAGGUGCCGCAGUUCGUGCUGGUGGCCGGGUCAGACGUGUUCUGCGGGAUCGCGCAGCUGGAGUUCUUCUACGGCGAGGCGCCGGCGUCGAUGCGCAGCAUCUGCUCGGCGCUCUCCUUCCUCGCGCUCUCGCUGGGCUUCUACGUCAACACGGCGGUGGUCACGGCGGUGUCGCAUUUGAGGCCCGGGUGGCUGGCGCCGGACCUCAACGCGGGGCACCUCGACUACUACUUCUGGCUCUGGGCGGUCAUCGGCGCCGGCAACCUGCUGCUCUACAUCCUCCUCGCCGCCCGGUACACCACCAAGCAAGUCGUUCUCCACUCGCCGUCGUCGUCGUCGUCGACUUAAUUUGCUACUCCAACGCAGAGUGUACAUUAUGAUGAUCAGCGGUCCCUUUCGACAUAGUGUUCUUGUUGGAUACAGCUUGUUUUGUACAUGGUGACAGAGUGACAUUGAUUAGCUGAGAGAUAUGUAAGCCAGGUUACCUUGACACAUUUUUCUUUAGUUCUGGGUGAAUAAUUGGAAAGCAUAAUUCCAUUUUCAUCA